UUCAAUACGUGCGGAUUAAUUUAAGCAAGUAAUAGUCUUAGCAGAAAUGGGUAGUUGCGAGUGUUUUUCAAAAUAAUAAGUGAAAACAAACAUCGUUAACAUGGAUAAAUUGUUAAAGAAGAUUCGUGUCUAAUUAAUCUUUGUUCCUUUUUUAAAAAAGCUGAACUGAUCAUAUGUUAUUGAAGGUAUGACUGUUUUAUCUCGUACUUGUCGCGUAUUAUAUGAAGUUGUAUUUUUUCUACGAUUAUUUUUUAAUUAAUAGAAUUACUUUAUUGAUUAAAGAUCUACUUAGGUAUGUCCAAGGUUCUAAACUUUGGGAGAAGCUUCCUUCUAUGGUAUGCCCACGAUUUGGAGAAUUUUAGAUUAGCGGAAUUGUAUGCUAUAAUGAAAAGCUUCAACAUCAAACAUGAAUGGAUAGAAGAACCUUCUAUUAAUGAUCCUUUUUUGUUGGUAAAUUUUUCAUCAAAAGAAGAUGUAUUGAAAAUUAUGUCCAGAACUGUUUUAAUUAGGUCAGCUUAUGAAUUGUGGGCAAAAAGUAAAACAUUGAAUGAAUUGCACACUAAUUUAAAAUCAAUUCCAAAGUCUUUCAUUGCCCCAUACUGUGAUAAAAAUGUAUCUUUUAAGAUUUCAGUGGAAUCUUUCGGUAAGAAAAUGUCCAAGGAUUACAAAGUUCUUCGUAUUGAUGAAUUAGAAUUUCUGGAAUUGGAAGGUCCCAUAAAACUUAACAAUCCGGAUCAUAGUUUUCUUUUUAUGGAAUAUUAUGGUACAGAUAGAAAUCAUGCUCCUGAAUUGCCUUAUAGAUUAUUUUUUGGAAGAUGGAUAGCUGACGGUCAGAGGUCAGUGAGCCAAAAGAUCAAUUUAAAAACCAGAAAAUUUAUUGGUAAUACUACAAUGGAUCCACUAUUGUCAUUAGUGAUGGCAAAUGUUGCAUGUGUCAAGUCUGGGCAUUUGAUCUUGGAUCCUUUUGUUGGAACUGGGGGUCUCUUAGUCUCUGCUGCUCAUUUUGGUGGAUAUGUUGUUGGAACAGAUAUUGAUUUUUUGAUGCUUCACGGGAAAGCUAAACCAUCCAGAUUAAAUCAAAAGAAGAGAGAUCCAGAUGAAAGUAUUUAUGCCAACAUGAAGCAAUACGGUUACGAGUCACAGUAUUUAGAUGUAAUUGUUUCAGAUACAUCCCUUCCGAUGUGGCGAACAGCCUCUUUAUUUGAUGCAAUUAUAACAGAUCCUCCUUAUGGAAUUAGAGAAUCUACUGAAAGAAUAGGUACUGAAAAGGAUUAUAAAAUUCCCGAUCAUCUGGCAAUGAACCAUAUUCCGUCCAAAGUUUCAUAUAGUUUGCAAGAUAUUAUAGAGGAUCUACUUGACUUCAGCUCAGUAUAUCUGAAACUUCAUGGGCGGUUGGUGUAUUGGAUGCCAUCAUUUAAUGAAGAUUUUGACAAAAAACAACUUCCUCACCAUCCAUGUCUGGAAUUAAUUGGCAGCUGUAAACAAGCUCUAACAGGUCAUUCCUCGCGUUAUCUCAUCAUCAUGAAAAAAAUAAAAGAAAAUGUUAAUUGUGUCGAGAAAGGCUCUGUUCCUGAAGCUACUUCAGAUUUUCGAAAAAAAUAUUUCACUGGCCAUAAGAAUAAAGAUUCAAUAUGAGAAACAAUGUAUACACUAUUUUAAAUAUUUUGUAUGAACAAACUAGAAUAAAUUUUUAAUUUUUAUAAAAAUGAAAAAACAAAACCA